AGGAGAUCAAGAGGAGUUUGUGAGAACAUCUGACACCUGUGAAUCUUCAGUCCAGGAUGAAGAUCCUCCUCAUCUUCACUCUCUACCUUAUCUCAGCAGGUCCAGUGAGCUGCUUUGAUGUGAUUGGCUACCUGCGAGGUACUGUCAUAAUCUUCUGCAGUCACCAACUGCGUGGACAGUUUAAUAAAUAUUUUUGUAAAGAAAAACCACUAAAAUGUGUAUCUAUGAGAUCUCAUCACACUCCAAACACGCAGGAUCAGAAAUACAGAUUUACUGUACAUGAUUCCACUAAAGGUCUUAUAGUGAUCUACAGAAACCUGAGUUUACAGGAUGCUGGAUCAUAUUGGUGUGGAGAGACUGGAGUGUGGAGUCAUGAGGUGAACCUGAAAGUCAACACAGAUUCAUGUUGUAUGAGGUCAAAAACUGUGACUGGUUAUCUGGGAGAGAAUGUCACCAUCAGCUGUUCAUAUUCAGAGCAGUUUGAGAGACACAGCAAGACCUUCUACAAACUGGAUGUGUGA